AUGAUAUUCAAAUCAAAAUUUCCAGAUGUUGAUAUUCCAACCACAGGAAUAUAUCAAUUUGUCACAAGUAAUCCUAACAAAGUACCCGAUGAUAAAGUUAUAUUUGUUGACGGGAUUACGGAAAAAAAACUUACUUUUGGUGAAUUAAAAAGAAACACUAAAAAAUUUGCAGCCGGAUUAAUUGAUAAAUUUAACUUUAAACGAGGUGACGUUUUAGCUCUUAUUUCACCUAAUGAGGUUGAUUAUCCUGUAGUAGUCUUUGGUACAAUUGCAGCUGGAGGAAAAGUAACUCUGGUUAAUCCAUUAUACACAGCAAAUGAAUUUGAAUAUCAAUUUUCAGAUUCUAAUUCAUCAAUUAUAGUAGUUCAUCCAUUUUGUCUUUCGGCAGUUAAAGAAGCAGCCAAAAAACUUGAAAUUCCCCAAUCACAUAUAUUAUUAUUUGGUGAUAAGGAAAUUGAUGGAUUUCAACCUUUUAGUACUUUAUUAAUUUCAAAUAAUGAAGAAGAAGAAUUUAAACCAAUUGAAUAUACUUUUGAAGAAGCUAAAUCUACCACAGCUUAUUUAUGCUAUAGUUCCGGUACAACGGGUAUACAAAAAGGAGUCGAAACAACUCAUACUAAUAUGGCAUCUAAUGUAGUGCAACUUCAUAGUUUUGAAACUAUUUUGGAUAGCAAUUCGAAACUUAUGGGAGUUUUACCAUUCUUUCAUAUUUAUGGAUUAAACAUUCUCGUACAUUAUGUGAUAUAUUUGGGAGCAUCUACAAUUAUUCUUCCAAAAUUUGAUUUAUCAACAUUUUGUCGUUUAAUUCAAGAUCAUAAAAUCAAUUAUGCUCAUAUCGUUCCUCCAAUAGUAUUAUUAUUGGUUAAAAGUCCAAUUGUAAAAGAUUAUGAUUUAUCAAGUUUACAAAUGGUGGUCAGUGGUGCUGCUCCUUUAAGUAAAGAAUUAUGUAAUAAAUUUUAUGCAUCUACUAAAAUUCCUAUUAAACAAGGAUAUGGCCUUACGGAAACAUCACCAGUUGUAACUUUGGGAGAUGACAAUAUUAUGGUUCACGCUAAAGUGAUAUCAUUUAGUGGGAAAGGAUAUAAUGAACCUGGAGAAUUAUGCGUUCGAGGACCGAACGUUAUGAAAGGCUAUCUUAAUAAUGAAGAAAGAACAAAAGCUUCAUUUGACAAAGAUGGAUUUUAUCUCUCAGGAGAUGUGGUGAUUGUUGAUGAACAAGAAAACUUUUUUAUCGUCGAUCGCGUCAAAGAAUUAAUUAAAUACAAAGGAUUCCAAGUAGCUCCAGCAGAACUUGAAGCUAUUCUUCUUGAUCAUCCUGCUGUAUUGGAUGCUGCAGUGAUAGGGGUAGAAUUUGAAGAAAAAACUACUGAAUAUCCGGUAGCUUAUGUAACACUUCAAGAGAGUUACGAAAAAACUCCUCAAUUAGCAUCCGAAAUACAAGAAUAUGUAGGAGAAAGAGUUGCUCCUCAUAAAAGGGUGAGAGGUGGUGUCCAUUUUAUUGAUAAAAUACCUAAAAGUGCUUCGGGAAAGAUUUUAAGAAAAGUUUUAAGAGAAAAUGCUAAAAUUCAGUUUUCCUAA